AUGAUUAAUGAACAACGACUUCAAAAGAUACGUGACAAUAUAUUAAGCAACCUGAAUUCCCGACGAGACAAUAUGGAAAAUAAUUCCUCACUUAUCACAUCACAACACACGAUCCUUACACCCGAAACAGAAAACUCGACCCGAAACAGAGAAGUCGACGUUCAUCCAUUCAUUGUAGAAAGUAACACUCCCGUGCAUACACUUAGCUUAACCUUACAAACUCAACCUAACGAAUCAGUGAUAUCCACUCAAGCCUCUGAAGCUCAUAAAACCAAGCAAUAG